AUGGGAGGGCUUGAAGAGCCUAUCCCUAUACCAGCGAACAACCCAUCUUCUAGGCUUAGAUUUAAUAAUCCUAUAAAUCCUCUGAAUAUUCAGCGAGAAGAUGUCCUGAAAGUGGUCCCAGACCAUGAUAACAUUUUGAUCAAACGCGGAGACAGCGUUGCACCAGACCACUUCUCGGAGAGUACGCUGCGAGAAGUAGAGGACCAGCCGCCUGCGGCAGGACAAAAGGUGACAAAAAGAAGAGGCAGACCCAAGAAUGUGAAAGCGGUGAAGCCUGUUGGAUAUGAACAUGGCCGAGAGCUUCGAUCCACACCACCGUCGCUGGAAGUACUGCCUGUCGAUAGCCUUCAUACUAGUGAGGUUUCCGAAGGCGAGCAUAUAGCUAAAAGCCAAUCCAAGCGCAGGCGUAAGGUUGAGGCUGCACCAAAUGUCGCAGAGGAUCCCUCACCACCACCCCAAGCAAAAAGUCCACUUGCAUCAGGAAUUCUUGAAAAUCUCACCAGAUUUCCUCACUGUAUACUGCUCACCCGUGUUGGACAAUUCUAUGAAUCAUACUUCGACCAAGCAAAAGAGGUUUCUCGCCUCCUGGGAAUCAAGUUGACACAGAAGACCUGGGAUGGUCAACGUGUGUGGAUGUGUGGCUUCCCACUAAUGCAUGUAAACAAGUACUUGAAGAUACUGGUGCAGCAUCACCAACGUUUUGUUGCUAUGUGCGAAGAAUUUCCUCGCUCUCCUCAGCUAGGAGCGAAAGGCGGAUUUGACAGACGUGUCGUGCGCAUUGUUACUCCAGGAACACUCAUCGACGAACCAUUCUUAAACCCCUACGAAAAUAACUACCUCCUGUCAAUCACACCCGGUCCUCCACGCUCAGAAGACGCAUCGGGGACGAAGGCAAGCCGUCUAGGGCUUGCGUGGAUUGAUGUCUCCACAGGAGAGUUUUUCACGAAGAUUACUUCCCUCGAAGGCCUGCGAGACGAAUUAGCGCGCAUCAGUCCGCGAGAGGUGGUCCUUGACAAGGAGGAAUUAGCGGAUGAGGCCCAUCCCAUCCGACGGGCUGUUGCAGAAGAAGGAUUCUUCUUGUCAUUCUUCUCGGUCCCCACCCUACCAGACGCAGAUGACCAAACAUUCGUUUUGGAAGACCAUUGUGACAGGGACGACGUAACAAAUCUCCUUGACCCAUCUGAAGCGCCCAUUGGCCCUUCCCUGAGCGAGCCGGAAGUCUGUGCUACCACACUCCUUACCGCCUUCUUACGUGCGAACCUCUUGGAACAUAUGCCUCAAUUGUCUGCACCAAGCAGAGAGUCGACAAAUGGGAGGAUGCAAAUCGACUCAAAUACCAUCAAAGCUUUAGAGAUCCGUGAAGGUAUUAGUGAUGGAGGUGUGAAAGGCAGCUUGCUCAGUGUAGUCAAGCGGACCGUUACCAGUAGCGGUACAAGGCUCCUUGCUCGAUGGUUAUGCUCUCCCAGUACUUCUCUUCGAGAGAUCAAUGCGCGUCAAUCUCUCGUGGCCUUCUUCCGUAAAAAAUCUUUCCUUCGGGAAGAUUUAGUCCAGUCUUUGGGUGACAUUGAAGAUGCUACACGCAUAGUUCAGAGGUUCCUCCUCGGUCGUGGUCAGGCAAGCGACCUAUUGGCUAUUUGUAGCACUAUCGAGAGCUGGACAUCCAUCAAGAAGCGGAUUGAACUCGAGAGAAAGAUGGAAGAGCAAGAAAAUGGUCAUGUAUCGGAGGAUGAUUGGGCUAGUCUGGAUGCUCUGAUGUGUAGCAUGAACGACCUCCGACAUUUGUCUGACAGAAUAGACCAAGCGUUGGUACGGACGGACACCGCUUCGAGUGAAGUUUUCCUGGAAUCCGGAGAUAGUGGCGACGAUACUGCGACUGAUACUCGCUCGAUUUCCAUUCGUACCGCCAGGACAAGCUUCGUGGACGAAAAUUGGACCAUCAAACCUGAGUUCUCAGACGAAUUGAAUAGCUUACAUCUGACCUUGAAAGAGCUGCUUAAAUGCAGGGAGAAACUAGAGCGACAGUUACAGCUCACGUAUGAUGCACCGUCACUCACUCUACGGUCAUCUCCUGGUCAGGGAAUGCACGUCCACAUUGGCCGAGGAAAGCGAGAUUCUGCCAAACUGAAAACAUCACCCUUGUUUAUCCCAAUAUCGGAGAGCAACUCAACGAAUACCUUCUUUCAUCAACAAUGGUCGCAGCUGGGCGCAGAGCUUUUCGAGACUGUUACGGCGAUUUACAUAGCAGAGAAGGAAGCUUUUGAAAGCUUGCGUCGAGAGGUUAACGCGCAUGCCACUCUUUUGCGCCAGAAUGCGCGCAUUCUUGAUGAACUGGAUGUUACCAUUGCCUUUGCUAGUUUUGCUCUGGAAAUGAACCUCGUCAGGCCUGUUCUGAGAGAAGAUAUGUCAUACCACGUAGUGAACGGACGCCAUCCUACGGUUGAGCUUGGCCUGCUCACCGUCGGAAGAACCUUCACUCCCAACACCGUUUCGUUCUCGGAGGAUUCCCACCUACAUAUAAUUACCGGACCCAAUAUGGCUGGCAAAUCUACACUAUUGCGCCAAACCGCCCUCAUCUCUAUCCUUGCACAAACUGGCUCAUUUGUCCCAGCUGAUUCAGCCGAGAUCGGGAUUGUGGACAAAGUGUUUUCACGGGUGGGAGCCAAGGACGAUCUAUUCCAUGACCGAAGUACGUUCAUGGUGGAGAUGCUGGAGACUAGCAACAUUCUCCGACGUGCUACGCCCAACAGUCUCGUCAUUAUGGACGAGGUCGGUAGGGGAACCACAGUGGAGGAUGGACUCGCUAUUGCUUUUGCUACUGUGCACCACGUCCUUUCUGUGAACCGCUGUCGGGCGCUAUUUGCUACUCAUUUUCACGAGCUAGCCGAUAUGCUGGGGCACUCUCCUCAUAACCACAGAGGCCAAGGCCCAUUUGCACGGGCGAGUUUCUUCUGCACCGACGUGGACGAAACAGAGGACGGCUAUUUCGCAUACUCGCAUCGUCUAAGACCUGGUGUCAACCGCGAUAGCCACGGACUGAAGGUCGCUCAGCUUGCUGGGCUGCCAGACUCGACAUUGGAAGUCGCAAAAGCUGCAUUGUGUUGGUUGAAAGAGAGAAGGGCAACCAAUGAGGCACACGGACAACUACGGACACUAGGAAACUCGCUGGCGAGCUUGGAUAGUCGUUAG